AUGUUAAUCGCCAAAGAAAUUGCCAUUAAAUAUGGCUACGAUGGCAGAAAGUUGAUGCAACAGUACCAAAAGGCAUCAAUUAAAAUUGCGAAAGCUAGCAAUCGCAUGAAGUUUUUGCUGAAUUGUAGAAAGUGCAAAGUCAUCCCUACGUGUCUGAACUACAGGGUUGGAAUCAACCUGAAUAAUGAUCGAUCCCGUCGUGAGUUUGAAAAGGUAUUAUUCAAGCACAGAAUUCGCAUUAUCAGCAUAAUGGUGGCCGACACCAAACGAACGCUAGCUGAGUUGAAGAGAACCAAAAUGUUCUAUUCCAACCGAAUGGAACUAAUCUAUCAACAAGCCGACGUCCAGCGGGUGAUGAAAAUGGUGGAGAACAAGACUGUGGUGGUACACAACUCCUGUAAAACGAGAGAGACACGUAAGAUCGAGACACUGAAAAACAGGAGAAUUGCGACUCUCACUCGCGGUGGACAGUGGAUAGAAAACACCACCAAUACACAAAUCCCGGAUUUUCUGGAGAGAACGUUGAAACUGGGUCCGAAUUUCAAUGUUCAGAAUAACAACCACAUCCCCUACGUUGAAAUGAUUUCGGAAUUGGAAAAAACGGUGAAACGUAAAGAAAACGCAGAUGAAAUCAGAACAGAGGUUUCCACUGCCAUGAUAAAUUACAUGAAUUUCAAAAAACAAUCUAGACACUGCGAAAAUGAAUGGAUAAGCAAGGACAUAUGCAGAAGUAAGAAAUUCUUGACAGAAAACCCCAAUCUGGUUAUCACCAAAGCGGACAAGGGAAACAAAACCGUCAUCAUUGCAUCUGAGGAGUACGAACAGAAAAUGGAGGACCUUCUGAGUGAUGAAAGCACGUACAAACAACUGAAAUCGGACCCCACAUCGAAAGUUCUGAAGAAAAUCGGUGUAUUGGUGGAUGGGUGGCGCGAUAACAAGUACAUCGACGCGCGCACACACCGGAAGAUAAAAAUAUCCAGUUGUAAUCCACCAAGAGUCUAUGGUUUGCCAAAAAUACACAAACAGGACAGACCUCUCCGCCCGGUGGUUUCGACGAUUGGAUCAGCAACGUACAAUGUGGCCCAAUUCCUAUCUGGAGUGAUUGGAAAUAUAGUAGGAAAAACUGAGUGCCACAUUAAAAAUAGUUUUGAGGUCGCUGAUCAAAUAACAGGAACACAGAUCACCGAAGAUGUAGUUCUUUUCUCUCUGGAUGUGACGUCGUUGUACACGAACGUGCCUGUUGAUGGACUGCUUGAACGAGAGAUGGGAAGAGGUGGAGAAACACACAAGCAUCGAUCAACACAGUUUCAUGGAGGCGGUUAA